AUGCCGCCAAAAACCCCAACCAAGUCGAAGGCCGCUACCGCCGCCGCUGCCACCAGCAAGAAGACCAAGAAGAAAUGGUCCAAGGGAAAGGUCAAGGACAAGGCCCAGCACGCCGUCACUCUUGACCAGGCCGCCUACGACAAGCUCAUCAAGGACGUCGCCAGCUACAAGGUUGUCUCGGUCUCGAUCCUCGUCGACCGCAUGAAGGUCGGUGGCUCCGUCGCCCGCGCUGCCCUCCGCGAUCUUCAGGAGAAGGGAGUUAUCAAGCCCGUUGUCAGCCACAGCAAGCAGCUCACCUACACCCGGACUGUCUCCAUUGCCGACGAAUAA